AAAUACUUCAUGUUCCACGUUGACGAAUUGACGCGACGUUGUUGACCUUCCACGUAGCAUGCGACAAUGGUAACGGUCUCGUUAUGCCGGAGUAUUCAAUCGUAGAUUCAGUAACAGAGUAUAUGUGAAAUCAAAUUAAUCUUUAUACAUAACAGAAAAGAUAGUAUACAACUAGUGAAUUAAAAUGAAGAGAUUCAGUCUUUUUCUCUUAUUAGCCAUUCCUCUUAUCAUUUUAAGUGCAAACAGAGGAUCUGGUGUAGCUUAUGCUCAAGAAGAUGAAAAUAUUGAUGAUAUAGUAGAUGUAGAAGGUGAAGACAAUACAGUUAUCACAGAUGAUGAAUUGGAAGAAGAAACAACUAAUGCUUCGGCUGAUGCAGAUACGACCAUUUUGUUUACUAAACCUAUUCAUAAUGCGUUAUCCACCCUCGAGUUACCAGCUGGAAAUUUGGUAGAAUUUCUUGUUGGUUUCACUAACAAAGGUGAAAAUGAUUUUGUUUUGGAAUCAUUGGAUGCCUCGUUUCGUUAUGCCAUGGAUUUUAACUUCUAUAUUCAAAACUUCUCUACAUUCUCAUUUAAUAGAGUAGUAAAACCAAAACAUGAAGCAACAUUGGCAUAUUCUUUUGUACCUUCUGAAACAUUUGCAGGAAGACCAUUUGGACUAAAUGUUAAUCUUAAUUACAGAGAUGCGAAUGGAAUCGGCUAUAGUGAAGCAGUUUAUAAUGAAACAGUACAAGUCAUAGAAUUAGAUGAUGGAUUGGAUGGAGAGACUGUGUUUCUUUAUGUGUUCCUUGCCGCAUGCGUAAUAUUGACUUUAGUUGGUGGACAACAACUCCUAUCAUCUUUUGGUCGCAAAUCUCGUUCUUCCACAACACGUAAAGCACCUAUAGAAAUGGGAACAUCUAAUCCUAAUAACGUAGAUUAUGAUUGGUUACCAAAGGAAACUCUUAAUACACUCAGUAAGUACAGGAGUACAGGAUCACGCAAUAAAUCACCCGAAACUUUGAAUCCGCCACGUGCUUUCAAUGAUGUCAAAGAAAGAAAUGUGAUGUACAAAAAGAAUAAACAUAGACAUUAAAUUGGUUAUAAACUUAUCGGAGAGAAUUUUUUAUACACACUUUUUCUAGAUAAGUCCCCCAGAACACCAAAACAAAAAACCAAGCAAAGAAAAGGAAAGCGGACAUCUCCAACAAUGUCUGGAACAGAAAAUCACUCAAAUAAUUUGAAUAAUUUAUGAAAAUAAUGUCUAUGAUUAAUAUUCUUCAUUAGGUGAGAUAACAAAAAUGUAAUUUGUAAAUUGUCAUGAUACCUGUAUUAUAAACAUCAUCAUAUAAAAUUUGGAACAAAACACUUGAUAUCAUAAUAAGCUAUUAUUUAAAUAAUAUGAGAUUAGUAUAUAACAAAAAAAAAAAAAAAAAAAGAAAUGCAAGAAGUGUUGUGUGUUUCAUUUGUACAAUUUACAUAAAAAUUUUGUAAUUCCAUAAAUAUUAUUACCCAGCAUACAUGUUUCUUUGUAAAACGAGAUGGGUAUGUAUGCAUCUAUGACAAAAAAGAAAUAAACAUGUGAUUGUUUUAUGAUUAUACUCGUAUUAGACACACGACAAUGUGAUCAGAAUAAACUAGCCAUUUUAUAUAAG